AUGCUCGCGCUCAUCCAUCUUUUUCUCCUCGUCUGCUGCUCCGCUCGCGUCGCUCUCGGUCAGAAUGUCUCUGUCGCAACAAUUAGUUUUCGGUCACCCGGUGAUGCCGAUUCGCCGUUGCUGACGUUUCAAGGUCACCCCACCAGUCGCGCGCUCGCGGGCGAUGGCGCAUCGGCGGAAGGCGUCGGCGGAGCAGCACCGCGGCAGGCGCAGGCAGCGGGGCGCGCGGAACCAGCAGGACGCGUGGGACCAGCAUCCGCGCAGGUGGUGGGGAGCGCGGAGACUGAGGAAGGGGGACCGGUGGCGUUUGGGGGGCGUCGCAUUUCGUCGCUAACUGGCGUCGCAACAGCAGGGAGUCAGAUGAAGGGGCGGAGCCCCGCUGAUGGGCUAACUCCGCGGGGCGUUCGCGGAACGACGGGAACCGACAAAGGCGCGCAAACGCGGAGGCGGAGUCGGAGCGCGGGGAAGCACAAACCGCACGCGAGGUCGAACAAACCGGGCAAGAAAACGGGCAAGAAAACGGGCAGAAAAACGGGCAGGAAGCGAGCUGCGGAGAAUCCGCUUUUCCCGUGGGUGGGGAAGCCGAGACUGGUGACGCUGGACGCAACGAAACGAGGCCGAUGCUUGGACGGCAGCUCCCCCACGUUUGUCAUCCGAAACGGAUAUGGUACAGGAGUGAACAAGUGGAUCUUUUAUCUUGAGGGCGGAGGCUGGUGCUUUAGUGUAAAGCAGUGUGCCGUUCGCUCCAAAACUGUGCUUGGGUCUUCCCGUUACUACAACCAGUCGGACGACAUUGACUUGGCCGGAAUCGCGAGCAGCGACAUCAAGAUCAACCCUGGCUUCCACAACUGGAACUUUGUCAUUUUCAAAUACUGUGACGGCACUGCUUUCGCUGGCAGCCGCAGCGUCGUGCAACCGCGUAACGCCAACAGCAACAAGCCGCCCGUCUACAUGGAAGGGCGGUGGAACCUUGUAGGGAUAGUGGAGGAGCUUCUAGCGAAGCAGAGGCUAGGGCAGGCUACAGAUGUGCUGCUGACCGGCUGUAGCGCGGGGGGGCAAGGGGUCAGCAUGGCAUGUGAUGGUGUGGCCAAGUGGAUGGCUCAGUAUGGAGCCAAGACGCGAUGCCUCAUGGACGCUGGAUUCUUCAUGGUUAAGAAUGUGUUGCAUUCGGUUCCACUAGGUUGCACAGGGUAA